GGUUCUGCUUUCCUUCGAGGCGCGAGUCGAGCCGUUAGUGUUGUUACCGAGAGAAUAUUGGUAUAAUGUGCUCCGUGCUUCGCGACUUGUACUUCUAUCGAUUAAUAUAAACAAUCAGCACGACCUUACGGUCGUCGUGCUAUUAUUUUUCCAAACAGCCCAAAAAUCUUCUUCCAUAUCAUUAAUGAGACCAAAAGUGAUUAACAGUUCGUGUUGAUUAAGGUGGUCGAAAAAGGGCAUAUAGGAGCAGUGUAUAAUCAUUUAGAAUAUUUAAUAGGCCGACCUUAUUGUUAUCCUUGUUUUUGUUUAUUGUGCCAAGUGAAAAUAAUAAAUAAUAGUAAUCCAAGAUGCCUUGCUCCGCUGUGACGCUCUCUUUGGCUACCAUAACUGGCAUUAUUGCCACAGCUCUUCUCGCUAUCGCCUUCUCCACGGACAACUGGCUCUACACGGAGGUCAAGCGAGCCCAAAUCCAGCAAUAUGUUCACAAACAUCCUGAACAAAGCAAUGUGAUUGGGCCAAUGACAAAGUAUUUUUACUACACGAGAACUCAGGGUCUCUUCAGGGUAUGCUUUCCCAAAGAUCGUCCACCCACAGUGGAAACGUAUUUAAGUCCCGUGGAAACGCAUUGUACGAAUAUCAACUACUUUAUACCUGAUGAAGAAAACGAAACUAGAAGCUUCUCAGAAGAUGCUAUGACCAGGCUUCAUAUGGGUCGCUCAGUAAUAGCCCUCUUUAUAGUUGCCUUACUCGCAAUAUUCUCAGCAUUCUGGACGGGAAUUGUUGGUUGCUGGCGAAGAUCACCAGGAAACAUCACUGCAACAGCCAUAUUGAUGUUAUUCGCCUGUUUACUUAGUGCGGCAGGAAUGGGUCUCUGGCAUGGAGUAGAAUACUAUGAAAAGGAAAAGAUGAUUGGAGAGGAAUAUUACCAACAAUGGAGCAAUGUACUGAAAGAUAACGCAGCCCAGUGGUAUGACUGGUCCUUCUACCUUGCCUGGUUAGGAGUAGCAACAUGUUUAGCAGCAAUGACCCUAUUCCUGAUAGCAGCAUCCUGUCUGCGCAAGGAGCGCAUGCGGGAGCAAACUCAGAAUAUCCAAUACAUCAUGCCAGUCUAUCCUCAAAAGCAACAGUACGCCUACGCUGGAUAUCCAGCUCCAACAGCAUAUCCUGGCCCCUACUAUCACGGAUCUCAAUAUGGACCCUACAAUUAUUGAAGAGUGAAGCUCAAAAUGUUUAAAAGUGCAAUGAAGAACUGGAGAAAGAAGAAAUAUAAUACUGGAUCCAGUCUGGCUAAAACCAUCUAAAAAUUGGCAACAACUCGAAAAACACUCGCUAAUUUUUUAAUUUUGUUUAAAGCCAGCAAACUCAAAUAUAUAAAAGUACAAGAGACCUUAUGCUGACAAAGAAAUCAGCGCCCAGCCCUGAAUGCGCAACGGAAAGUCCCCAUAAAAUAGUCGUUUAAAAAAUGUGGCAAUACUGAUUCUUAGUUAUAAAUAUUUUUCAUUCCACUUUUAUUAAUUCGCACUGUAGUGCAAUAUAAUAACAAUAUUUGGGACCUUGAAUAAAUAAAUAAAAAGUUAAAGUUGCGCUCAGAUCCUUGGUUGGCCCAAGGUUGCUCAAAAUAUUUAAGGAAGAAAACACGUAUAUCGUAAAAAUACGUAACACGUAAGAAUAUAUUGCGUUCUUUCCCUCUCUUAUUUUGUUACUGCGAGACUCGAACUUUAAAAAAUUUUGUAUCUUAACGUUUCUUCGCUAGUGGCUUCCAAAUAUGCGUUUUAUUAAAGAAAUUGUCGGUUUGUUUUCAUCAGUUGAGAAACGAUACCACGUCUAUUCGAAAAUAUUGUGAAAAUAUAUAAAAAGUAAUCAAUUAUGUUUUUUAGUCUGAAAUAUGAAGAGACUGUUUCUCAUUGGUGAAAAUAUUCUCCGAGAUUGUAUACGAUAUAAAUGAUUAUAUUAUAUAUAAUCAAAUAAACUGAUGAAAAAUAUACCCUACGUUGAAUUUUAGAAUUCUCUAGCGAAGAAAUGAAAGUUGUAGUUUCCAAAUCCGAGAUAUUAUUAUUAUCUUGCGUAUCAUCGUUUGUAUUGUGUUAAUUAUAUUCAUCGAUUAAGGACAAUAGUUUAUGAGUAGAAAAGAAUUUUUUAUCAUUCUGCAUGUGAUGUCGUGAAGUUUUCAAUUUUUCAAACUAGAAAUAUAAUGGACUUUAUUUGUUAUUACGUGCAAAGUUUUUUCUGCUAAAAAACGGAAAUUCAGUUUGGAAAAGUUAAAAAUUUAGUCAAACUAAUUAUUUGCAAGCAUAGAUAAUUUUCCUUCCAACGAUCGCAUUAUUAAUUUUCUCAUACAUUAACAUCGAAUCUCAUCUUAACUGUAUAGUGUUUUUUUACAUGUAACGAUACGUACGAAACUAAAUGACUAUCGCUAUAAUUAUUUCUGUAGAAGCUUAAGUUAGAAAAACAUGUCAUCAUUUACUCAGUUUUGUCAGGAAACAAAUCGACUUCAAUCAUUUCAUCACGAAAGACUUGUUUAUACUCUCCUUUGGAAAAAGCGAGAUGAAAUUAUUUUAUGUAGCUUUUAGAGAGAGAGAGUAAUAAAUUCAUUUUGUGUAUAAGGAA